ACGCCUUCACACACAAUAAAGUCAGGUCAAGAAAUGUCCACGUAAACCUUUUUCAUUGUGUAUCAGCUCUGCCUGAUGAGUAUAUGUUUUCCAUGUGACAAACACAGUGAAGUAAGCUGUCAGUUACACAACAGAAACAUUUUAAAAUAAGCAAUAAGAAAUUAAAUCUGUAAUUGUCCUGUAUACCAGAAUGAAGCACAGCAACCCGUCUUCUGGGAAUUAUUUUGGGAAUUCGGAUUCCCUAUGCCUCGAGACGUGGUUUUUGAAGUCGACGUGAAGCGAGGAUCAGUUUUGAAAGACACCUUUGAAAUUUGGCUUCUAUAAAUCAGAGUGACUACAAGAUUCCACUUAUGGUUUAUUAUGAUGGAAACUUGCCCGGCUGGGACGAUUUUUAUGGCUACGUGAAAGACUUUUUUUACGAAGUGUUUCACGAGAUGGUUUCAGCUGAAACCGGGAUGUUCAUGUACAAUGACUCCAAGACACUGGCAUGGUUCCCAUCCAAAGCAGCGCCAGAGGACCAGAGGUACCUACACUUUGGGGUUCUGUGUGGAUUGGCCUUGUACAACCAGUGUAUCAUUCACUUACCAUUCCCGCUGGCUCUGUUCAAGAAGCUGCUGGGUGAAGCCUUCCUGGGGGAUAUGAUGGAAUUCAGCCCCUUUGUUGGAAAGGGUCUGAAGAACAUUCUGGAAGACUACACAGAUGAUGAAAAAGGAAUCCUCGACUUGGAUUUCUCAAUCUACUGGGAUGGAACAAACGUUGACCUUGAUCCUCAAAAUCCUGAGAAGCCUUUGACAGGUCUAAAUAGGAAGGAGUAUGUGGAAGCCUACGUGAGCCAUGUCUUCAACACAUCAGUGGAAGGUGUGUUUCAGGAGUUCAAGCGGGGCUUCUUCCAGGUGUGUGACCAGGAUUUGGUGAAGCUGUUCCGACCACAGGAGCUGCAGGAGGUGCUGGUGGGCAAAGACUUCAAUGACUGGGCCAGGCUGAAACAGGUCACAGUUUAUGAGAGGAAGUACAACACGACCCCUCUACACCCCACCAUACAGAUGUUUUGGGAGGUUUUUGAUGAUCUUACGGAGGAUCAGAAGAAAGCUUUCCUUUGGUUUGUGACCGGAUUUGAAAGGGUGCCUGUUCUUGACCUGGAGAAGUUCAAGAUGAAAAUCAGAGAUCAACAAGUCCAAGGCCCCCCUGACCAGUUCUACCCCAAAGCAGAUACGUGUUUCUCGGACCUGGAGCUGCCCUUGUACUCAACCAAAGAGAUCAUGCAGACCAGGCUGACCGAGGCUCUGAGCAGCAACAAAAUCAUCUUUGCUGGGACUGAACUCGGAAGGUGUCUGGUCUGAACAGAAGACUUAACAUUGUCAUAGAGCACUUUGUAAACCAAGAAGCAGCCUUUGUAGUAUUGCUACUAUACCUGUUUAUUAACAAACUGUAUGGCUGGGAAAUUCUUCAUAAAUAGGAUGUAUUGUGUGGUGGGUUAAUAUCAGAAAUCCUUCCCUAAUAGCAAAAACGCUGUUAUACUCCAAAAAAAUGUUGAAUGUAUAUAUGCAUAUUUCAGAAAAACGCCCUAUGUACAUAUUUAAGUAUUACAUGAUCUUCUAUAACGGACCGUCUCCACAGCAGCGUUAAAAAAAUCUUGGAGGUGGGCGUAUCUGAGGCUUGGGGAUUUUUUUGCGAUCAACCAAUCACAUGAAUCUC